AUGCGAGAGUAUGAGACCGAGUUCAACCGACUCAAGAGGUACGGUGGUAAUGAGAUGGUGGAUGAGCAAGUGCAGAUUCGUCGGUUCUUGCGAGGCAUGAGAGUGGAUGUCCGCAAUCGAUGCAUGAUUUGGAACUUCAGGAGUCUUGCCAAGCUGGUUGAAAAGGCGGCCAUGUUGGUGGACGGACUGGCCGAGGAAGCUCAGCAACCUUCCAGAGGAACUGCGGUGCAACAGGCGCCGAUGGUGAAAACCAAAUCGGGAACUGGGAAUAAGCAGACUGGGAGUUGGAAACCUACGGGUAAGGCUUCGGGCAGUGUGCGUGUGUGUCCGACGUGCCGCAAGAGGCAUUCGGGACAGUGCCAACGGUUACUCGGUACUUGUCUUGCUUGCAGUGGGAAGGACCACAUGGCCAGCAAUUGUCCGAACAAGGGAAGUGACACACGAGUGUGCUACCAAUGUGGGCAGGCGGGACACAUCCGGCCAAACUGUCCGCAGUUGGGAACGCAAGGGCAGAAACGGGCCAGCGAGGUGCUGCCAUUGCCACCACCGCCGAAACAGCCGGCGAUUAUGCCUAGGGUGUACUCGAUCGCGGACGGGCAUGUCAAAGCGAGCACUUCAUGGCAGAUCACUGGGACAUUACUUAUGGGCGGUGUGGAAACACAUGUGAUGUUUGACACUGGGGCUACGCAUUGUUUUGUGAGUCCAAAUAUGAUUGGGAAAGGCGGUUUCCGGAAGGAACCCGGAGAUCAUUUUGGUUUAGUACAAGCAGCAGGCGGCCAAGUGAUGAUGACAUACGGAGUAGUACAUAACAUCUCGGUCAUGGUGUGUGGUAUGGACAUGCCGGCAGACUUGGUCAUAUGUCGAGUGAAGGCACACGAUGUGAUAAUAGGCAUGGAUUGGCUAAGCAAACACAUGGCCCACUUGGACUGCUACCGCGGGCGAGUAGUGUUAGAGACUGCCAAGGGAAUGGUAGGAUAUCAGGGCAUCAGGCCAUUGUCGGGAUAUCUGUUAGUCUCGGCGGUGCAGGCUGAACAGUUGAUUAGUAAUGGAUGCGAUGAAUAUUUGGCUUUGAUCAUGAUAGAGGAAGUGGGUACGGGUACAGGACUGCAGGAGAUACCGGUGGUACGUGAAUAUGAGAGUGUGUUCGGACCCCUGUCCGGAUUACCACCAGCACGGUCAGACCCGUUCACUAUCAAACUGGAACCUGGUACGGCUCCGAUAUCAAGAGCUCCGUACCAAAUGGCACCGGCGGAGAUGGCCGAAUUAAAGAAACAGUUGGGAGACCGAGUAGCUCACCAUAGGACGCACCAGUGCUCUUUGUAA